UUUUGGAAAAAAAGAAAAACAACAGCAAAGUAAAAAUUGAAAAACGUGGGGAAGUUGGCAUAUUUUAAGUAUCUCGCGGAUGGAUCAGAAAAUGAAACACAGAGCGUGGGCAUUCUAUCUCAGCGAGAAGUUGGCGAUGGCCCUUUUCCUUCUACGCAUUCUCCUAAUCUCAGCGGCCGUACGCCUUUGCUUUUCUUUCAAUUUUCAAAAUUCUCUUAAAUCAUGCCAAUAUGCCUCCACUAAAGACCGGAUAAUUGAGCUUGCUAAUGAUCACCGAACAGUGAAUUGGAUGAAAAAAAUCAGGAGAAAAAUUCACCAGAACCCAGAACUUGCAUUUCAAGAAUUCGAGACCAGUAAGCUCAUUAGGCAAGAACUUGAUCAGCUUGGUGUUCUCUAUCAAUGGCCCGUCGCAAGAACCGGUGUAGUGGCUACCAUUGGGUCUGGUUCGCCACCCUUUGUCGCUUUAAGAGCUGAUAUGGACGCUUUGCCUAUUCAGGAAUUGACUGAAUUGGAGUACAAGAGUAAAUUAGAUGGAAAAAUGCAUGCCUGUGGCCAUGAUGUGCAUGUUGCGAUGCUUCUUGGUGCUGCAAAAAUCCUGCAAGAAUUGAGACAUAUGUUACAGGGAACUGUCAUCCUUAUAUUUCAACCAGCGGAGGAACAAGGGCAAGGUGCAAAAGCUAUGAUUGAAGAAGGGGUGCUUGAGAAUGUGGAGGCCAUUUUUGGGUUGCAUUUGGUUCAAAAUUAUCCCACUGGAGUUGUUGCUUCACGGCCUGGAGAAUUCCUUGCUGGCUGUGGGAGCUUCAAAGCAAAGAUAAGUGGCAGAGGGGGUCAUGCAGCUGUUCCUCAGCAAUCUAUUGAUCCAGUUUUGGCAGCUUCAGCUUCAAUAAUUAGCUUGCAACAAAUAGUUUCAAGAGAGACAGAUCCUCUAGAUUCUCAGGUAGUUUCUGUGGCCACGAUCCAUGGAGGUUCUGCAUUUAAUGUGAUACCAGACUCGGCCACAAUAGGUGGAACUUUCAGGGCUUUCAGCAAGAAGAAUUUCCAUGCACUGAGGGAAAGAGUAGAAGAGGUAAUUAAAGGGCAAGCAGCCGUACAUAGGUGCUCUUCUGAGAUUGAUUUCACUGGAAAUGAAAACCCAACAAUUCCUCCAACCAUAAACGAUGCUAAAAUCUAUGAACAUGUACGGCAUGUUUCAAUUGAGCAAGUAGGACAAGAAAACACUCAAGUAGCUCCUACCUUCAUGGGGAGUGAAGAUUUUGCUUUCUACCAGGAAAAAGUACCUGGAUCCUUCUUGUUUUUAGGCAUAAGAAAUGAGAAACUUGGAAGUAUACACUCUCCACAUAGCCCUUAUUUUACCGUAGAUGAAGAUGUGUAUCCCAUUGGAGCAGCCAUACACGCAGGCUUUGCAUACUCUUACCUUUCAAAUUCAACAACAAAAUUGAGUUCAUCCUAACUAAUGAUUAUGAUCGAAGGUUAGAAAUCUCAAAUCUGACCUCUUCUUGCUAAAUUAUUUUAUGUUUUGAUUGCUGAAAACUAUUAGCAGAUGCACAAUUUCAUUUGUAGGGGAGGCCUUUAGUAGACAUCUUUUAGAUAUAUUCAUUGGAAAGUUGAAGGAAACAACAUUGAACAGAGGAAAAUGCUUCAUCGUUCAACCUUUUUGGCGUCACUUUUGUAGUAGUUCAGGAAAAUCAUUUUCUUGCUCUCUAUUUUUUCACUUGUCAAUCCUGAAAUUAAUGUUAUGUCAUUUAUGUAAUUGUGAUUGAUUGGAAA